GGAGGGGGGUCAGUCAGAGGCAUAAUCCAUUCACAUACCUGUAAAAGCUGACAGUUACCUUGACAGUCUUCAUAGGCUGCUUAGGAGCCUGUACAAGCUGAACCGUGGUCGUCGUUCGCCUUAGCACCACUUCACAAGACUUCAGCACGCACUGAUCGAGCGCUGAAUUUUGUGACACAUUGUGCUCGAUUCCACAUUGUGACCAGGCUUUCGCAUUGCACUAUCCUGUGAACCAUGCUACUAAUGAAGUUACGGAACAUAAUGCUAUGGUGAAUUCUGGCCGCUCCUUGACGUAAAACCCCAAAGCUUCGUAUUACGUUUGCGAAGUGGACUCCGAUAACAACAACGCUAGUACGCUUAUUUCCUGGGAAAACUUAAGAACCGCUUAACAGCCAUGGUGGGGCCACCGCUCGCUGCGUUGCACCAUUCAGCCACGUUGAGCGCAGUCAAUGUCGCGCCCGUUCGCUCUUCCGAAUGCCAGGCGAGAGUAAGCUUUUCGUUAGAAUCACAGCUGUCGCUUCUAUCGGGAAGCACAAGCGCUCGUUCCAACGUCGCCCCUAAAGACCAUCGGCUUCAGCAGCAGCAGCAACAGAGAGUGUUCGCUUCGUCCGCAAGAACGGCGGCGACGGGGCCGGUGGUGGCGACUUUGGCGUCGGAGAACGAGGCGGCGAAGCCAAGCGUGAAACCCGCGAAUUCGGGAGACUCCAGGCUUGCGAAGGUCCCCAUCGAGCGCAUCCGCAACUUCAGCAUCAUCGCGCACAUUGACCACGGCAAGUCGACCCUGGCGGACAAGCUGCUGGAGACGACGGGCACGGUGCAGGCGCGCGAGAUGAAGGAGCAGUUCCUCGAUAACAUGGAUCUGGAGCGAGAGAGGGGGAUCACGAUCAAGCUACAGGCAGCUCGCAUGCGCCACGUGUCACGUGUGGACGGCAAGGCCUACUGCCUGAACCUCAUCGACACGCCCGGCCACGUGGACUUCAGCUACGAGGUGUCACGGUCACUAGCUGCAUGUGAGGGGGCGCUGCUGGUGGUGGACGCCUCGCAGGGCGUGGAGGCGCAGACGCUGGCCAAUGUGUACCUGGCGAUUGAGGGGAACCUGGAGAUCAUUCCGGUGCUGAACAAGAUCGAUCUCCCAGGGGCGGACCCAGAGAGGGUAAGGGCGGAGGUGGAGGAGGUGGUGGGGCUGGAUGCGUCAGACGCCAUACUGUGCUCCGCCAAGGAGGGCAUUGGCAUCGACGACAUUCUCGAGUCCAUCAUUGCCAAAGUGCCGCCUCCUGCCCCUACUAGGGACCAGCCGUUGCGCUGCCUGAUAUUCGACAGCUACUAUGAUCCAUAUCGGGGCGUCAUAGUGUAUUUCAGGGUGGUGGAUGGGGAGGUGCGCAAGGGCGACUCGGUGCGCUUCAUGGCGAGUGGCAAGCAGUACGAGGUGGACGAGCUGGGCGUGUUGUCACCCACGCAGAUGCAAGUGGAGUGCCUCUAUGCCGGGGAGGUCGGCUACUUGGCAGCAUCGAUCCGCCAAGUGGCAGACGCGAGAGUGGGAGACACGAUCACGCAUGCGGGGGGGGCAGGGAAGGGCGGGCCACCGGCCAAGGAGUCCCUGCCAGGGUACAGGGAGGCGGUGCCGAUGGUGUUCUGCGGGCUCUUCCCCAUCGAUGCCGACCAGUUUCCUUCACUAAGGGAGGCGCUGGAGAAGCUGCAACUCAAUGACGCUGCCCUGCAGUUCGAGCCUGAGAGCAGCAGCGCCAUGGGCUUUGGCUUCCGCUGUGGCUUCCUGGGUCUGCUGCACAUGGACGUGGUGCAGGAGCGGCUGGAGCGCGAGUACGGCUUAGACUUGAUCACGACAGCGCCCAGUGUGGUGUACCGCGUGCUGAAGAGGGACGGGACAGUGGUGGAGUGCUCCAACCCCUCUGAGAUGCCCGACGCGUCCAUUCGCACUGAGAUCCAGGAGCCGUAUGUGCGGAUGGACAUCCUAAGCCCCAAGGACUACAUCGGCACGCUCAUGGAGCUGUCUCAGGAGCGACGGGGCGAGUUUGUGGAGAUGAAGUAUGUCACGGAGGCGAGGACAACGCUGUCGUACGACAUGCCCCUGGGAGAGGUGGUUGGUGAUUUCUUCGACCAGCUCAAGUCUCGCACCAAAGGCUAUGCUAGCAUGGAGUACAAGGUCAUCGGGUACCGCAAGAGCAACCUGGUGAAGAUGGACAUUCAGCUGAACGGGGAGGCUGUGGAGCCCCUCUCAGCCAUCGUGCACCAGGAGAAGGCCUAUGGAGUGGGCAGAGCGCUCACUCAGAAGCUCAAGGAGCUCAUUCCCCGGCAGAUGUUCAAAAUCCCCAUUCAGGCGUGUGUCGGGACUAAGGUUAUUGCGAGUGAAACAAUCGCAGCUAUCCGGAAGGACGUGCUUGCUAAGUGUUACGGUGGUGACAUUUCGCGCAAGAAGAAGCUUUUGAAGAAGCAGGCGGCGGGUAAGAAGAGAAUGAAGGCUCUUGGGCGGGUUGAGGUGCCACAAGAUGCCUUCAUGGCUGUGCUUAGACUCGAGAAGGAAAGCUUGUGACAGACAUCAAGUGUACCCAAGCAGCAAUUUUUCCAAUGGUAUUCUAAGACCAGGGAGUGCCACCUUGGAAUAAUGCUGUAUAGCCUAAGCUUCUUAUUUUUUGCCUGCCUCGAAGUAAGAAAUGUUACGCACGGCGUUGGUAAUAAUGGUUCGGCAUGGUUUCGUUAGCUGCGCCGAAAUGUCUCUGGGUAAGGAAUGUUAUUCCUAACUAGGUUGUACUGCAAUCGCGUACACCUGACCGAACCCUUGGAAGCAGGCCCUCGGAUUCGUUUUAGG